AUGGAGCGAGCUGAGGACGAUUCCCGGGAUCGUCGCCGGAGACGCACUUCGUCAGCCUCUCCUGACGCCCCAAAGGAGCGGAGGCGAAGGGACCGCGAGGAAGAAUACAGCGGCACGCGACGCCGCGACGACGGACGGAGCUCGAGGGAAGACCGCAGGAGACGCGAUUCUUACAGCCCUGACAGCAAGAGCAGUUACCAGAGGGAUGAUCGGCGCCGUGAACGACGCGACCGCUCGAGAGAUUCUGCUGACGCUCGACGAAGGCGCCGCAGUGUGUCCCGAGAGGACCGUCACCGCAGACGCCAUCGCCAUCGCCAUGACGAUGAGGAAGACAGACCGUCCAAGAGACCUCGAAGCAGGUCGCGAUCCCGUUCACCAGCACCACGACGUCGCCGGUCUCGUUCUCCUGCAACGCGUCCGGGGAGCACCUCCCCGCGCGCCCUGAAGCGGUCCAAGGGUCCUCUGCCGUCGCAAAAAGACGCAUUCUCUAACGAGGUAGCCAAGACAGACUCGCCAGCACCGGAGAAGCAGAGGCCAAAUUUCGCAAAUACGGGUCGAUUGGCAGCGGAGAGCAAUACAGUGACGGUCAAUGGCACCUCUGUUGUGCUCAAGUACCAUGAGCCGCCAGAGGCCCGCAAGCCUCCCGCCAAAGAUGCAUGGCGGCUUUACGUGUUCAAGGGAUCUGAUCUGUUGGAGACGGUGGAAUUGGGCGGACGCAGUUGCUGGCUGAUCGGACGAGAGAGACUCGUGGUUGACUUUCCCGUGGACCAUCCCAGCUGCUCGAAGCAACAUGCAGCCAUCCAAUUUCGCUACGUCGAGAAGAGGAACGAAUUUGGAGACCGUAUCGGACGGGUUCGACCCUACCUUAUCGACUUGGAAAGUGCCAACGGGUCCAUGGUCAAUGAGGAACUUAUCCCGCCAGGGAGAUAUGUGGAGUUGAGGGACAAGGACGUCCUCAAGUUUGGACUGAGCUCACGAGAAUAUGUACUCAUGCUGCCUCCCCCGGAAUGA